CAGUAAUCGCAUGCGUCUACUCUGCAUCGAGAUAGUCUUGCGAAGCAGAGUAUGCUCAAAAGCUGGGCCCCUCCUGCCUGAAUUUCUGUCGUGCCAUCAACUCUACGUCGCCCAAAAUGUCGUUACCCGUGUCGCUCUUGUUCUCUGUACUGUUUUUGGCCGUGGCUAUUUUCGCCUGGUCCGCUAUAUACCGACUGUACUUCCACCCUCUGGCUUCUGUGCCUGGUGACAAGCUUGCGGGCCUGACGAGAUGGUACGAAUUCUUCUGGGACGGCCUCAUGGGUGGUCAAUACAUGUUUAAAAUCCGCGACAUGCACGAGAGAUACGGCCCGAUUGUGCGAAUCAACCCUGGCGAAGUCCAUAUCAACGAUCAUCUGUACUGGGAAGUUCUCUUCUCGAACACUCUCAAACUCGACAAAGACCCGACUUACUAUGGUCUCGAUGCCGGAAACUGCACCGCGUUUUCGACGGUGGCGCACGAUGUCCACCGCCGCCGCCGCGGAGCCUUUUCCAAGUUCUUCAGCGCUGGAAAUGUAGCAAAGCUGGAGCCGCAAGUGCAACAAAAGCUGAACCAGCUCCUGGGCCGUAUUGAAGAGCUCGGCAAAGCUGGUCAGGUUGUCGACCUGUCCAAUGCAUUCCGCAGCUUGUCAAUGGACGUCAUAUCCAUCUUUACCGAACCGCAGCCUAGGGACAACCUCUCUGCUCCAGACUUUUCAAAGCCGUUGCAUGAUUGCUUAAGAGUUCUAUCAGGCACCUUUAUUUGGCAGAGGAUGGUGCCUGCCCUUCAAACUCUAGACGCAAUCCCUCGUUUUGUUUGGACGUUUAUCAACCCGAGUGUCAACGUUCUAUAUGACAAACGCGAUAGUCUCAAGACGCAGGCCCGAGCGGUAAUAGCCUCAGGCGGAAAGCCUGAAACGGACAGGCCGCCCACAGUGUUCGAAGCUAUCUACAACUCGAGCUUGCUGGGUGUCGAGGACAAGACUCCAGAAAGGUUAGCGUGGGAGGCUGAGACUAUCCUCGGAGCCGGUACUGAAACAACGGGGAUGACCCUUUGCACUCUGGUCUAUCAUCUACAGACCAAUCCUAAAAUUCUCGAGCGGCUCAAGGAAGAAUUGAUGUCAUGCUCCAGCUUGCCAAGAGAGGCGAUGGUAGACUUCCGGACCCUGAACGGGCUACCGUACCUCCAAGCCGUCAUCUGGGAAAGUCUGCGAGUCGGUUGCCCCGUUUCGGGCCGCCUUGUCCGCACCAAUUCAAGGCAUCCAAUGACUUAUACGACGCCCGGACCAGACGCCAAGACAUAUGUAUUUCCGCCCGGCACCGUGUUGUCGAUGACCAUGCGUGAUCUGCACGAGAACAGGUCCGUCUUUCCCAAACCGAAGGAUUUCCAGCCCGAGCGCUGGCUCGACAGCUCCGACCCCACGAGCACCAGCACUGCCGAACAGCGCAAGUUGAUGGACCGGUAUUUCGUGCCGUUCAGCAAGGGGACGCGCAGCUGCGUGGGGAUGGAGCUGGCGAAGCAGGAGUUGACGCUGACGGUGGGCAAUCUGUUCCGACGGUUCGACCUGGAGCUGUUCGAGACGACGCGGAGGGACAUCGAGGCGGCGCGCGACUAUUUCUCGCCGUUCGGGCCCAGCGAUAGCGAGGGCGUGCGGGUGAAGGUGAAGCUUUGAGAUGCUCGUCUCGGGGGCUGGAGGGGCCGGCAAAAGCCGGGGUUGGCCCGGCCGGGUCAAUGCCGGGCACAUGCCUCAUUUAUUUUUACCGAGCCAAGAGCCUUUCCCUGGGCGUCAUGCCACAAAAACUUUUAGCAAGGCCCACCCUUGCCCCUUUGUUAGCAUCCUGCACCAAUUGAAUGCCUGCGCUCCCGAUCCUG